AAGGGAAACCGAGCAAGAUAACCCGGAAAAGAAUGUCUGUGGUGUCCACAUGUAUCACCACUGUAAACAUUUGUAAUGUUAGUUAAGUGAUAUAAAUGAGUUUAAACUGCCAUAUCAACAGUCGAUAAGUAAUAUAGCUGGUUAAAGAAACCGUGUGAAGAUGCUGAGUGAUUUUGAGGCUGCAGAGCUGCUCUCCUUCCUCACCCCUGAAGCACGUCCCGAUGUCAAAGGUCACACCACCUCCUACAUCCUGGGACUCUCUGGAAACCGGGAUGGCUGCCGCUUCCUCCGCACCAAACCGGACAUCAUUACUGCCCUGUUUGCUCUGACCUCUGACCCCUCCAUUGCUAUUGCGAAAGACUGUUACUUCACCCUGAUCAACCUGUCUGCUGACGAGACUCUGCACCAGGUUUUGUUAACAGAUAUCAAAGUUCUUCAGGUGAUGAUGAAGAAGGUUCUGGAUCCUGAGUUUGUGUUUUCAGAUCAGAUCUGCAGCAUCCUGUCCAACCUGACCCGCCAUCUGAAGACCUGCAAGAUCAUGUUCAAGGUCUUGCAGGAGGAUGUGGGUGUAGCGAAGCUGGUGGAGAUCUUCUGCGCUGAAAGUUUCAACAAGAAGGCAAAGUUCCACCACCUGGGUCCUCUGCUGUCCAACCUGACGCAGCUGCCCGAGGCCCGGAGCUUCAUGAUGGACAAGGACCGGUGUGUGAUCCAGAGGUUGUUUUCCUACACUCAGUACCAGGCAUCAGUGGUGAGGAGGGGGGGGAUUGUUGGGACCCUGCGCAACUGCUGCUUUGACCACGCCCAUCAUGAGUGGUUGCUAAGCGACGAUGUGGACAUCCUGCCCUUCCUGAUGCUGCCGCUGGCCGGACCAGAGGAGCUGACGGAGAAAGAAAACGAAGGUCUGCCUGUGGACCUGCAGUACCUCCCCGAGGACAAGAAGAGAGAAGAAGACCCCGACAUCAGGAAGAUGCUGCUGGAGACUCUUCUACUGCUGACAGCGACCAAAGCGGGCCGGGACAUAUUCGAGAAGAAGAGCGUUUAUCCUAUCAUGAGGGAGUUCCACAAAUGGGAGACGGAUGUCCACGUUACAGCGGCCUGUGAGAAACUUGUGGAGGUGCUGAUAGGAGACGAGCCGGAGCCGGGGAUGGAGAACCUGUUGGAGGUGGACAUUCCUGAAGAGGUGGAGGAGAAACUGACGAAGGCAGACGCCAGAGAACAGGAGGAGCUGGAGAAGGAGCAGGAGAGGAUGAAACAGGAGGAGGAAGAAGAGAAGAAAAAGAGGAGUGACACAGAGGGGUCGGAAAAAGAACAGGAGGCUGGACUGAUACGAUGAAGCUUUCAGACGUGGUUUCAUCCACUGCAUCUAUUUAAGCAACGGCUUUGUGACAUUCAGACAGUUAAAUGUUUAUUACAGCUUUAUUCAGACAUUACAGGACUCUGAGAGAGCCACUGUGAUUCAUCAUCCGCUCCACAGAGGACUUAUCACUGCUGCAGGGCUCAACUAGAGUUGAACAUGUAAAGUAAGUAAUGAUAUAAAAAAAGAAGAGUGUUGGAUUUUAAAAUAAAUGUUUCUCUUGAAAGCCUUUAAAUAAUAUUGUGAGCAUGAGGGGUUAGAGCUGCAACUUACCUGACUUAUCUAUUAGUCGUUUGACAAAAAAAACGUACCGAUGGUUUUUCAAUCAUUUUUCAAGCAAGAAUUGCCAUCUCAAAUGUGGAGUUAUCCUGUUUUUCUGUUGGGUUGUAGACUGACAACAGCUUGGGCUUUUAGAACCUAGGAUGGGUGUUUUCCAUGCUUUCUGACAUUUAUAGUCAAAAACUAUUCAUGUAGUAAUACUGGUCAGAAUAAUAAAAAAUAAUAAAAUCUGUUUUUAGUUGUAGCUCCAUGAGGGACACACGCUCUGCUUCUCACAGUGAAUCGGUUUCGUCAUAUAUUAGUGAUUUUAAUCACUAUUACAAAUAUUUACAAGGGCGGAAACAUUUUCUACAGUUGGAUGUGACAUUAGGAAACUCUUUAAACAUAAAAAUCACUAAUCUUCAAUUUUGUUUAAUAAUCAGUUUUUAUUAUUAUUAGCAGGAAUAACGAAUGAUAACUGUAUUACAAUGGUUUCACUGAGCACAACAAGUGUUACAUAAACACAUGUGAAUUGUUAACACUACGUAAUGGGGGGGUCGGAUUAAUAAGUAUGGAGAUCUCCACUCUAUGGAUGGCUGUUUGAUCCCUAACUUCUUUUAUUUGUAUUUUGUCUGUUGAUCUCCAGAUUAACAGCAACAUGAGAAUAACCUGCCGAAAGUGCCGAUGCUCCAUGGCGGAGGCUCCGGUAGAAAUUGCCGGGAUUUGCGUUUUUAUCCCCUUAAUGUCUGACCAAUGGUUGAACAGCAUUUCCGUGCACAUGACUUGUGUUUAAAGUUUAUAGUCCGUUUGAGUUUUGCCCGUGUGAACGCAAACCGAACCUUCUGAAAAAUGAAACAAACUGUCGUCUGGUGCGCACCAGAAAACUGAUUAUUAGGUGUGAAUGCACCCUAAAUGACAUUUGCACAAAUGAUAUGACACAUUUCCUCAAAUAGAAAUGUUUUACACAUCUUAAAGCACAUCUUUGGAAGCUCUGAUACUAAAAGCCUCACUGAUUUGUGGUCAGAUGUUCACCAAACGUCAGGACAGUUGUUGCUCCUCUGAAGGAUAUUUAAAGUACAGGGAUGACCAGCAGGGGGUGUCGGAGUCCUUUUUUCUACACUAACAUUGAUGAUAAACCAGUUAACUGCUCCACUGCUCUCCUCAGUGCGGAUGUUUAUCUUUAACUUGAAAAUAAACAGAGUGAAAUG